AUGGCUGAAAAGGCUGGAUUUGGCGAAAGCCUUCGCACGUUCUUCUUGGGAGCGGCGGCAAAGUCGAAGGAGGAGAGACGCCUUGUCAGGAAAUUAGAUUUCUUCAUCAUGACCUACUGCUGUCUCAGCUACUUCUUCAACUUUCUUGAUCGUGCGGCAUUUGCAAACGCCUAUGUUGCUGGUCUUCGUGAAUCACUCAGCAUGACUGGCCAUGAUUACAAUACUGUCCUCUCUGUCACCACCGCAGGAAUGGCUAUUGGCCAGCUUCCUCACGGCAUCAUCAUCCAGAAGAUCGCACCUCGACUUUGGUUCCCAUCCAUGGUCGUCAUCUGGGCAGGUCUGACUAUGGCUAGUGCCGCUGCCAAGACGGUUACUCAACUGUGUGUCAUCAGAUUCUUCCUCGGUUUGGCUGAAGCCAGUACUUAUGCUGGUACUAUCUACAUCAUUGGCGCAUGGUACAAGCCUGAAGAGAUCUCUAAGCGAACUGCCCUCUUCACUGCCUCGGGCCAAGUCGGUACCAUGUUUGCUGGUGUCAUGAUGACAGCCAUUCACAAGGGCAUGAGAGGCAUGUCCGGCCUCCAGGGAUGGCAGUGGGUGUUCUUGAUCGACGGCAUCAUCACCCUUCCCGUUGCCCUGUUUGGCUUCCUUUACUUCCCUGAUAUUCCUGAAAUCACCAAGGCCAAGUACUUAUCCCAAGAUGAGAGAAAACUGGCUGUCUCCAGACUCCCCCCGAUCAAGUCCGAUGGCCACAAUAUUAUGCCCAUGUCUCUGAUUAAGCGAGUCUUUCUUACUCCCAUGUUCUGGAUCCUCUUCUUUUGGUCACCUGUCUGCGCUAGUGUCGAGGGGUUCCCCUUCCAAAACACCUUCCUGCUCUGGCUCAAGUACUACAAGGACAAGUUCUCACAAACCCAAAUCAACACUUAUCCGCUUGGCGUGCAAGCCGUUGGCAUCGCUGCGAAUAUGCUUGCAGCAUGGCACAUGGACGCAACCCGUCAGCGUGUUCCAAUGGCCAUCCUCGCCGUCCUUCUUCAAGUCGUCGUAGGAGCUAUGCUUCUCGUGAGGAAUCUGUCUGACGCUGGAGUCAUGUUUGCCUUCUAUCUCGCUGGAUCAGCGUACAUGGUCAACCCCCUCAUCUUUGGCUGGGCAAACAUUAUCCUGCAGCGAACAGGUGACGAUGCCGUGCGCAGUGUGACGCUGUACUCCAUGAAUAUCGGCUCCAUGGUCCUUUGGACAUUCUGGGGCAUCAUCUUCUACAGUGCUGCUGAUGCACCUUACUGGAAGAAGGGCGCUAUCUCGCUUCUGGUUUGCUGUGGUGUCAUGUUCUGUUACAUCUGGCUGGUCAAUUAUCUUGACAAGCUCACCAUGAAGAAGUAUGGUGACCGAACUGUGGAAGAUCUCGAGGGGCCUAUCGAAGUGAGCGGAUCUGACAAGGGUGAGACUACCAAAGUAUCGGAAAAGAACGUAACUUCGUGA